UAAACCCUAAUAGAUAACCGUUGGUAUAACCCCAUCGCACGCCACCACGCUUCUGCGCACGUCGAUCGAUGCUAUGAUGGGAAAGAAACCAAGGCCGUCGGCAUGCGACGGCGGCCAGGGCGUAGACUUGAUCAGCGACCUCGGCGACGACCUGCUCCUCCGCAUCAUCAGCCUCCUGCCCGACGCACUAGACCUGGCUGGAUUGGCCACACUAUCGAGGCGGUGGCGCGACCUCUCCACGCGCUCCCCGACUCUACACCUCCAUCCCGUGUACCGCACCGGCAAGGACGAGGACGACGAGACCCUAAAGCGGUUCAACGCCUCCGCACAGCGGUUCAACGACUUCAUCGAUGCGGUCCUCCAGCGGCGCGUCUGCAGCGUCGACACGCUGCACAUGGACGUCCUUCGCUGGCCCGGCGGAGCGCGCGUGAACCUCUGGCUCCGCCGGGCGAUGGAGCUGGUGGUGAAAUCCCUGCACCUUUCCAUCUCGCUGCCGCUGUGGAGCGACCAGAUCCCCAAGGACUGCAAGGUGCGGCUGCCUCGCUGCACGAGGGCGGCGGAGAUGCUGCUCGACCUAGACUACGCCAUCCUCAGGCUCCCGGCCGUGGUAGAGUUCAACGCGCUGACUGACCUGUCCCUCCGUGUCAUAUCACUCUCGCGAGGAGACGGCCGCCGCCUCGGCCGCCUCCUGUCGUCGACGUGCUGCCCGAGGCUGCAGAAGCUGGAACUCUUUUACGUGUGCGGGCUGCGGGAGCUGCAGCUCGACGCGAGAGCGCUAGAGACCCUGACGCUGUACGAGCUCGCCGACCUGAGGCGGCUGGACCUGGACACGCCGCGGCUUUCUUCCUUGGAGGUCGGUAGCUCGGUGCUGCGCCGCGAUCCCUCCAACUUCACCAUCCGGGCGCCGGCGCUGGAGCAGCUUCAGUGCUCCCUCAUGCCCUAUCCACGAGAGAUCGAGAUUCAGUAUAGGUUCAACAUCCAACUGCUGCAAAGUUGCACCUCCGUCCGUCGCCACAUCGUCGAGCUCCAUGUUCCACAGGAUAUGGACCUAAAUGAAGGAGACAAUGUAAUGGUAGAAAUACCACCAGUCCCUCAUGUCACAAAUCUGAAACUGGAUUUCCGGCCACGGAACAACCAUAUUUUUGGAGCAUGUGUAUCUAGCAUCCUUGCGCGAUACAGCAAUCUUCAACACCUCAGCCUAGGCAUCAGCAAAUUUUACCUUGAUCGGUGUGGGGAGGGGUGCUGCAUAUGCGGACGUGUAGGGAGCUGGAAGGAGGACAAGAUCUCACUAGAUCAUCUUCACGAGGUGGAGUUCAGUGGCUUCUCUGGACAGGAGUGCCAUGACAUGGCACACUUGUUAAUCCUGAAUUCACAAGCGCUCCAGAGAAUGACUGUGAUUGUUGAGGCAUCUAGAGAGAUCUCAUGUGACGAUAGUUUAGAUGAUGAAAGCCCACCGCAGCAGAGAACGACCAUGGAUACAUCGAUGUUGACGCUUCCACGCCCUAGAGGGAAGUGGAGCUCACGCGCUCCGGCUAAUGAGGCAACAUUAGAGUAUGAGUGGACGCCAGAGCCAUGAACAUUCCUUUAAAGCAAAGCUAAACAUUUUGACAUCUCAUGGUUUGCUAUCAGUUUUGAUCAUUGGUGACUGGGAGCCUUAAUGUUCCUUGAUUUAGAAAAAUAAAGAACUUUGGAAAAUUUAAGCCAUUAUAUGUUUUGAA